AUGGAGUUGGUUAAAAUUUUGAGAAUCUUCACAUCCAUUGAUUUCUCCUCCAACCAUUUUGAAGGCCCGAUACCAGACAAACUAAUGGAAUUCAAAGAACUUUAUGCCCUCGACUUGUCAAACAAUUGUUUGUCUGGUAAAAUCCCAUCAUCAAUUGACAACCUGAUCCAGUUGGAAUCUCUAGACCUUUCAAAAAACUCUUUGAGUGGAGAAAUUCCUAUACAGCUUGCAAGUUUGUCAUUUCUUUCAUAUUUAAACCUCUCUUUCAAUCAUUUGGUGGGAAAGAUUCCAACAGGUACCCAACUUCAAUCAUUUCCGGCUUCUUCCUUCGAAGGUAAUGAUGGGUUAUACGGUCCUCCAUUAAUUGAAAAACAAAAAGACAAGAAACUAGGGGUGCUGCUAGAACCAGAAUGUAGAAGGCUAGGUAUGGUAUUGCCAACUUCUGAACAGAAUUCUUUGCCUCAUCUUUCCGCAAUUGUAUCUUCAAUAUGUGACCGAUAG